GAAUAAAGAUAUUUUGAGUUUGAGUUUGAAAUAAUGGGCUGGUUUUCCCAAAUAAAUAAAUCUUAAUUCAACAAUAAAGUAUUUCAUUUUUAAGAAAUAUUAUGAACAGCUAAUCGCAAUGUACCCUUGGGUCUCUAGAGACGGCAGUCAUAAUUGAUAUUGUCUAUGAUAUUGUAUAACGGUUUACGUCAUUACCGUCGGAUACAUUUUAUUUUUAUAAUUAUUGCUAAUCAAAGUUCAUAAUGCGGAAAUCUUUAGGUUCGGUUGCAAAACCGAUACAAGAACAUAACUUAUCGCCUUGGAAUAUAUCUAUGCACCCGAAUUGUAUGAAUAGAGGAGUGGAGGCAAAAGCAAACAACGGCCUCGGUAUGGUUUAUAACUUUAGGUGUGAAUUAAAUGUUUUUCGCUUUAACAUUUCUUUAUGACAAAACAGAUGACGACAGCGAGGCGCCGAGUCAUUCGUCCCCCGCGACUGACCUCUCCUCCGCUUCAUACGUUCAGGUAAGAUUUUCCCUUAUUUUCGCCUUUAAGGCCUCCCUUACAAACCGCCCAAUAUUUAUAAUAUGGAUUUCUGUUUCAGGUCGUCGUGCAGAAGCAAACACGUGGUCCCUGUCGAUCACCAUCGAGAUUGGACGUCGCGCCGUCGGCCGUGCAGCAGACGACACAAGCGACCGCGGGAGAAACGGGCGCGCGGCUGGCGGCGGCGGCGGCGCACUGCCCCGGCCUCAGGGCGCUCUUGCAACUGCAACCCGGCGCAAGCGCCGCCGGCCACGACGCUCCGUCUGGCCGUGGCCCUAUUCGCGCGAAAAACACCGAAUGCGGCGUAUGGAAGAAGCUGGGCGACGUCGCCGCCGGCAAGGAGACUCCGUGCGGAGUGGACGGGCCGGCGCGCGUGGCGCUGUUCCGACUGGAAAGGGGUGCGGUAUUGAGCGCCGUUCGCAGCUGGGAUCCGGCGGGUCGGGGCACCCGCGUCGAGCGCCUAGCGCGUCAGCUGGCCGCCCCGGCCGUCGACCUGCUGGACGAGCUACUCGCGCUAUUGCGGAUCCUCUUCACCCUGCCCGUGCACGUCGUCCUCAGGGUCGUAAGGUACGUAGAUUACGAGCGUCCGACCGUCGACGAGUCGCGAUUAUCAUGAAAAACAUGUUUUCGAAAAGAUGCACCCUAUCUACGUCCGUGUGGGCGGCGAGCGGCGCGAUUCAAGCGGUGGCAGACGAGGUGCUGACUCCGACGCUGGCGCUGAGCUUCAACGCCCUGGCCAGACCUCCGCUGGUGCUGGCGACGCACUUCGCGCUAGCGCUGCGUGACGCUAUGCGCCCGCUGUGGCUGGCGUUCGCCGACGCCCUGGAGCCGCUCGCUCGCGUGCUGACCGGCUUUCGCCUCGUCCACGUCGAGAGGGCUUGCCACCGUCCUCAGCUGCACCACGUCUGA